AUGGCUACUACAGGCUCAGAGGUUGUGCUGCCCACUGAAAGGGACCAAGUUGCGGUCGUCGACGGUGUUGACAAGCUAGCUCCUCCACAAGCCAACGAAGAAAAGGUGAGCAAAAAUGUUUCAGAAGAUCACACAAAGAACGUGAACGCUUCAGAGUUCGAGAGGCCUACGGUGGAUGCGUCUUAUGUAGGGUGGAAGCAAAUUGGCGGCUGGGAGGAAAAGGAUGAACUGACAUUGGAAGAUGAAUUGAUGGAUCUUAACAACGAGACGUUCUUGGACAACGUCAUCCCAGAUAAAUUUUACGGUGACUGGUAUCAGACCGCGGGUGUGAUUUUUUUGGGCGGUUCGCUUUCCUUUCUAAUAGGAAAACUUGGUUUUUCCUUAGGGCCUGUUUUCUUUGUUGUUUUGGCGAUGAGUCUCCUCUACCGGGCAUCGAUUAAACGCUAUAGAGCUACUAUUAGGGAUCAGGUCCAGAAGGAGUUCACUGUCCAGAAAGUUGAAGGUGACUACGAGUCCAUGGAGUGGCUCAAUAGCUUUCUGGACAAAUAUUGGGCUCGACUAGAACCUGAGGUAUCUCAAAUGAUCGUGCAGCAGGUCAACGAAAUUUUGGCCACGAACCCUGCUAUUCCUGCUUUUGUGAAGGCUUUGUGGAUAGAUAAAUUCACUUUGGGUGUCAAGCCUCCAAGAAUUGAUCUAGUGAAGACCUAUCAAAACACUGAUACUGACGUUGUGGUUAUGGACUGGGGCGUAUCCUUCACUCCACAUGACCUAUCGGAUUUGAACUCUAAGCAGCUCAAGAACUACGUCAACCAAAAGGUCACCAUUAACGCCAAAGCUUUUGGUCUCCCACUUUCUGUUUCUGUUUCAGAUAUUGCUUUCAAAGCUAUGCUCAAGGUUCGGUUCAAGCUAAUGACACCUUUUCCCCAUAUUGAAACUGUUAAUCUCCAGUUGACAGAGACACCUGAUGUUGACUUUGUUGCCAAGCUAUUAGGCGAGAGUAUUUUCAACUGGGAAAUCCUGAGCAUCCCAGGCCUUUAUCCACUAAUCCGGGAGCUAGCAAAGAAAUACAUGGCACCUAUAUUGAUGCCUCCAUUUUCUUUGCAACUGAACAUUCCUCAACUUAUUUCAGGGUCCGCAGUAUCUAUCGGUAUUUUGGAGGUCACUGUCAAAGACGCAAUUGACAUUAAACGCGCUCGGAACAUUCUUAAUAGAUCUGUGGACCCAUACUUAUCUUUCGAGUUUAAUGGCGUCUGUGUUGGUAAAACGAGAACUGUACGCGAUUCACUCAAUCCCGUUUGGAACGAAACCUUGUUUCUAUUAUUGAACUCGUUCACAGAGCCUCUAUCAAUUGUUUUGUAUGACAGGCGCGAAAAUGUCAAGGACAAAGUACUGGGAAGAAUUGAGCAUAACCUCAGUACCCUUCACGAUGAGAAUACUCAAAAGAACUUGAGUGGGUGCUUCUUGAGAAGUUCCAAACCAGUUGGUCAAUUGAAUUUUGGGCUAAAGUUCCAUCCUACCUUAGAGCCUAAGCAGCUCCCUGACGGCACUGUUGAAGAUGCCCCCGACUUGAAUGUUGGUAUCAGUAAAUUGAUCAUUGAAGAAGCUAAGGAAUUGUCUGAACCUGGUUCGAAGGUCUCCGCUUACGUGGAACUGUAUGUUAAUGCCAAAUUAGUGUUGACAACGGGUAGUGUUAAAAACACAGAGACUCCAUCUUGGUUUCAAGAGUAUGAAGCUGUUAUUGCAGACCGCCGGAAGACUAGAACUAAGAUUGUGAUUAAGAACGCGAAAGGCGAAACUAUUGGUAGUACCGUCCAAACCCUGAGCGACCUGAUUGACCGUUCUGAAGUUGGAAAGUGCUGGAUUCCUUUACAAAACGGAAAGGGCCAAAUCAAGGUCACAACUUAUUGGAAGCCUGUCGAACUGGGAAUGGGAGCCAACUCUGUGGCAUACACGCCUCCUAUUGGCGCUGUGAGAGUUUUCAUUAGCAAGGCCGAGGGUCUCAGAAACCUUGAGAAGUUUGGAAAGAUUGAUCCUUAUGCGAGGGUCCUGGUCAAUGGUAUCCCAAGAGGGCGUACAGAUGUUCGGGGAUCCACUUUGAAUCCAGUGUGGAACCAGGGUAUCUAUGUCGCUGUUACGUCGCCUAAUCAGAGGAUCACCUUGGAAUGUCUCGAUGUUGAAACCGUUGGCGCUGACCGUACCCUCGGCAAGUUCAACAUUGAUGUCGCCAACAUGUUUCAAAAAGGCAAUGAUGAUAAGUAUGUUGAAAACGUUGAUGAAGAGCCUAAAGUGGGUCGUCUCGUUGACAAAAAGGGGGCUAAGGGAUCUGUGACUUAUUACGUUUCCUUCUAUCCUACAGUUCCUGUUCUGAGCUUGGAGGAGAUCCAGGAAGUUGAUGAACUUAACGAGAGAAAGAAGAGGCUUCAGAUCCAGGAAAGCGAAAAGAGUGACGAUGAACUGUCUAAACAAGCAGAGCAAAAGAGAAAGGAAGAAGAAUUUGAAGUCAAGGAACUUGAAGACCUGUUCAGUAAUAAGUUGAAACUGGACUUAGAUGAGCUUCUUCAAUAUAAGAGUGGUGUUUUUGCUUUCUCUGUAUUAGGCGGCGAGCUUCCACAGACUGGUUGCUAUGUCCAAGCGUUCUUUGACUCCAACGGAUAUCCCCGUUAUGUUAGCCAAAAAUUUGGUGGUAGAACCAUCAGAAAUGGUGCUACAGGUGACGUGAUAAUAAAAGAACUUGAUUGGUCUAUCACCACCUUUAGAGUGACAAAGAAGGGUGAUGCUAGCAAGGCAGAGGAGUGUUAUGCUGAAGUUACUAUCCCCACUAUCGAACUAGUGAAGAACUGUUACUACAAGCCAUCAAUUCUGAACCUGACUGGCGGUAACAGUGCGAAACUGAUGCUUCAAGUUUCUUGGUUCCCAGUAGCCGCUUCAAAGCUCCCACAAGCAGACUUGAUUACCAACAGCGGUGAUCUAACGAUCAAUGUGCUUGGUGCCAACAAUUUGAUCUCUGCAGACAGGAACGGUAAAUCUGACCCAUUCGUCAAAUUCUACAUUGACAACAAUGAAAGUUCUUUCUUCAAAACUCAUCACAAGAAAAGAACGCUGGAUCCAGUUUGGAAUGAAAAAUGCGAGGUGCAAAUUAACAAUCGUGUUAACAACUACCUCAAAAUCAAAAUGAUGGACUGGGAUGCAGGAAACAAGGACGAUUUGAUUGGCGAAGCCAUUUACCCGUUGGCCAGUGUUGACCCUGAAAACCCCAGUGAUGUCGACAUCCCCUUGAUUGGUCCUGAAGGUAAGGACGGGGGUGUACUGCACCUAAGUUUCAGCUUCAGUCCAAGAUACACGCUAUCUGUACGCAAAACGGAGAAAAAAGUUGGUGACUUAGCUUCGAAGGGUAUCUCGUCAGGACUGCAUGCCGGAACAUCUGUUAUCGGCGGCGGGUUAGGAGCUGUUGGUAAGAUCAAGAAGGGUAUUUUUGGUGGUGACAAGAAGGACGAUAAGAAGAGUGACAAAAAAGAUGGCGACGCUCAUUAA